AUGGACCGCAAGAAGCAGAGCGUUCUCUCGACCUCCCUGGACCAACUGCCCGAGGAGCGCGCCGCCGAUUCUGGGCGCGCGGAGGAAGAAGACAAGGGCUUCGACCCGGUGGAGGCGCGCCAGAGCCAAGUCCUGAAGUUCAACAGUCUCCAGAAGGAAAUCGACCGCAAGAAGCAAACACUUCUCUCCGCCUCCAUCGACCGGAUCGACGAAACGCCCGCGGUUCCCGCGGUUCCGGCCUCCAAGCCGCCCCAGUCGCCCCGCCGGCCGCAUUCCCCCGCGAAAGUGCUCCAGCCGCCCGCCGCCAGUCCGCAGUCCCCGCGAUCCCCGCGGUCCCCACAGACCCCGCCUCCCCGCGGGACGGGCCUGUCGGUGAAGUUCUCCUCGCCGCCGCCGUCCGGCUCGGUCCCCGCGGGAUUCGUGGUUCCGCGGGGCACGUUCGGAUCGGGGAAAGCGGGGAAGUCUGCGAUUUCGCCCAAGUUUUUGUCCUCCCUGCAGGACCCCAUCAGCGAUUCCUUCUUCCUCGACGCCCCCAAGCCCCCCGUGGAAACCGUGGAAACCGUGGAAACCGUGGAAACCGGGGAGGGGAAGGGAACAGCGGCGGGAGCGAGCGGACCCAGCGCGAAGACCAGUCCGCUGGGCAGUCCUCUGGGCAGUCCGCUGGGCAGUCCCAAGCCUCUGGGCCAGGCCAGUCCGCUAGACAGCCCCAAGACGGGCCCCAAAGCGGGUCCUCUGCGCAGCACGGCGACCAGUCCGCUGGACAGUCCCAAGACCAGUCCUCUGGGCAGUCCUCUGGGCAGUCCCAAGACCAGUCCUUUGGGCAGUCCCGCGCGGCUGGCGCCGAGCCCUCCGCCUGCUCCUCUGGAGGCCCCUGUGGAUGCUUCUGCGGCGAGGGAGGCGGACUCGGAGGGCUCGGACCUGUUCGACCCCGAGGAAGUGCCGCAGCUGCGCAUGGAGACGCUGCGCCGGCUCUCGGGCAACGAGAUGCGCGAGCUCGACGCCAUUAUCGGCGACGACGACGUCCUCAACGAUCACCGCGGGGAAGGAUUCGUCGUCAAGCCCCUGCCCCUCCUCCCCGAGCACGCAGAGCUCCCCGCGGAGAACGACUCCCUCCCGCCCUUCCACAGCUCCCCCGCGGGAACCACACCCACCGAUUCCCCGCGGUUCCAGAACCGCGAGGUCGAGAUCGAGGCCGAGGCCGAGCUACCCAUCCCCGCGGGAACCGCCCAGACCCCCACCGCCCCCGUGGUUAUCGUCCCCGCCGUCGACGCGCUCCCCGCGGUUCCCGACACCAUUCCCGCGGUUCCGCUCCAGCCCAUCGACGCCCCGCUCCCCGCGGUGGCCGAGUUCCCCGCGGUUCCUGCGGUUACGGUCGUCUCGAUUCCCGCGGGGAACCGCGCGGAAGUGCAGACGAUGGAGGAGUGGCAAAAUUCGCGGGAAAAUAUUGGCGGGCUGCCGUUCAUCGCGGAGACGGAGCCGGGCAAUGCCGAGGUGGUAGUGGGCAAUGCCGAGGAAAUGGAGGCGAAGCCGGUUUUGGCGGGAAAAGAAGCGGCGGUGGUGAGCAGCGCGACGUCGAUCAUGCGGAAAAGCGAAACGAAGUCGGCGACGCAGCUGGAUUCGCUGGGAGUGCCGCGUGUGGAGGGCAAUGCGGAGCUGAUGGAGCCGCAGGACAGCGUGCUGGAAGGAUUGGAGCAGGAUUUCGAAGAGAACUAUGAGUAUGAAAUGGAAGAGGAGUAUGAGGAGGACGUGGGACGGGGAUGCUGGUUCUUUGGAUGCAGAUCGUAGUCUGAACAGAGUUUUUUCGUAGUAUUUUGAUUCUUUGUGCUAGUCUGUUGAUGACACGAUGAAGGGUGAAAGAAGUGCGGUGA